AUGAACUCGGUGAGGAACCCGCUGGGUGGAGUAGGCACUGGCGUUGUUGAGCCUCGGGCCUCCUGCCUGUCUGACUUGUGUGUCUGCAUUUUUGUGCAUGUGCAGGCAAAGAAGGCCAAGAUUGACGUAGAUGGCAAACUGAAGAAAGAGUCGGGUGAUUUGGGGGAUGAUGGGAGCCCAGCUGCUGUUUUAGGUUCAUCAGAGCAGGAGAACUCAUAUUCUGACCUGUCCACAGCCCAAAUUGAUCCAGGUGAACAGGAGCAGUCCAGCGCAGAGAGGGGAGCUGCAUCUCAACCAUGUGGUGACUCAAUUAACUCGUACGGUCAUUCUGGUAGUCAUUCUCUCUCUCUCUCUCUCUCUUUCAGCCCAGCAGUAACGUCAUACACCAGUCAGGUGGCGUUUCCUCCUCUGGCCCAGUCCACUGUGUACUCAUCCUUCCCCCAAACAGGCCAGACCUACGGUCUCCCACCUUUUGGUGCUAUGUGGCCAGGCAUAAAAACAGAGACAGGGCUGCCUGAUGCGCCCUCUGGUGGCCAGCCUGGGUUUCUCAGUUUCAGCUCCACAUAUACCUCAACCCAGCCAGGCCAGCUGCACUACUCAUACCCCAGCCAAGGCUCAAGCUUCACAACAUCCAGUGUGUAUUCCAACAUCCCUUCAGCUACAACCGCGACUACAACCGCCUCGGCGGUGGCCCAUCAGGAUUUUAGCAGCUAUAACUCUCUGGGACAGAGUCAGUUCUCUCAGUACUACACUCUUCCUCCCAGCUACGUGCCUGCUGGGCUACCUAACAGUGAUGACCACAGUGGCGGUGCAGGUGUUGCUGGAUAUUCAGCAGUGAAAUCAGAGGAGGCCGCCUCAGCUGGACUGCCUCCUAGAGAUGCGUCCCCACCAGAAAACCUGCCUGUUUGUGCGGCUCUUCCUACAGCUGUGGCAGUGCCCGCUGGAGCUCGAGAUCAGGACGAGGUCGGCCGCAGGAACUCGGUGGGCAAAGCCAAAGGGAAGGGCAAGAAGUCUGAUAACUCUCCACCUGCUGAGAGUGACCUGGAGCGCAUUUUCUUAUGGGAUCUGGAUGAAACCAUCAUUAUAUUCCACUCUUUGCUCACCGGCUCUUACGCUCAGAAGUUUGGCAAGGACCCGGCGACUGUGUUGAACUUGGGCUUGCAGAUGGAGGAGCUAAUCUUUGAGCUGGCAGACACCCAUCUUUUCUUCAAUGACCUCGAGGAGUGUGAUCAAGUCCAUGUUGAGGAUGUGGCGUCUGAUGACAAUGGACAGGACCUGAGCAACUACAACUUCAUGGCGGAUGGAUUUAACGGCCCCAGCGGUGGAGCUGCAUCAGGAACCACCACAGGAGUUCAGGGAGGGGUGGAGUGGAUGCGUAAACUGGCCUUUCGCUACCGCCGGCUAAAAGAGAUCUACAAUAGUUACAAAGGAAAUGUCGGGGGCCUGUUGAAUCCCAUGAAGAGGGAGCUGCUGUUGAGGCUUCAGUCCGAGAUCGAGAAUGUUACAGACUCCUGGCUCAGCACUGCGCUCAAGUCUCUGCUGCUCAUCCAGUCCAGGGGGAAGUGUAUGAACGUGUUGGUCACCACGACUCAGCUGGUUCCAGCUCUGGCCAAAGUGCUGCUCUACGGCCUGGGAGACGUCUUCCCCAUCGAAAACAUCUACAGUGCCACAAAAAUAGGAAAAGAGAGCUGCUUUGAGAGGAUCGUCUCUCGCUUUGGGAAAAAAGUGACUUAUGUGGUGAUCGGUGACGGCCGAGAUGAGGAAUUUGCAGCAAAACAGCACAACAUGCCUUUCUGGCGGAUCUCCAGUCACGGCGACCUCGUGUCCCUUCACCAAGCGCUGGAACUGGACUUCUUGUAACGAGGAUGCUGUUGAAUGUUGUGCACUCAAAGGGAAAAAUGUUGUUGUCGUACUGGUGACUUGUGGAGUGAAACUGUGUGUGUGGAAAAAUUCUCCACAAGCCCAACAAUCCACACUCACCUGUUAGAAAUCUGCUCUCGCUGUCCGACGACUUGCAACUCGCUGUGUGUUGGUGAACGUUUUGAGGCGGACUUUGGGACGGAGCCGCCUGCGAGAAACAAACUGGACGCGUCAGUCAUCAGAAGUAAGGUUCCUCUCGCCCAGCACCCCCUCCUCUACGGCAGCUAAGCUCACUGCAGCUGAAACUGGCACUGAUUUGGACAUGGAAGGGAUGACUUCUAUUAUCCAGCUUCUUCACGGUUUUUGGCUUUUGUUUUCACAUAAACAUCCAAAUGUCCUGCAGCGAACAUCAUCUCUCAACUCUCACUGAGUUUAAACGGCUAAAGAGACGUUGUUUGUAGGUGGCUUUGUCUAUGGAGGUUGUCAUAGCUUUUUAUUUUGAAAAAUCUCUUUCCGGGGUGACUUGAAAGCAUCAUUUUGCCUUUAUGUUUUUCAUUAUGUUCCUGACAGUCAUCAAGUAUCAAUUAAUCCCACUUUUAUGUAUUACCUCUCAUGUAGCCAGACCGUUAUUAAACAAAAGGUACUCAGUGAUGGAGGGCAGCAGGGGCCAUUAAUCUCUGACUGUCACGACAAGACCAAACCACACCAUCAGUCAGCACCAUCAGUUCUGACCUCUCCACUGUGUGUGAUCCGUGGUCACCGAGCAUGUGCUAAGGAUAAGAGAUGCAAACUGCAGGAAGUGGUAAUAAGUGUGGGAAAAAAUGCACAGAGCAUCAUCAGUUUCAUGGAUGACUGAGCAGAAGGAUCGUAAUUUUAUUAUUAUUAUUUUUCCCCCAUUGUGUGGUUUUCAGACUCGUGGCUUCAUUUGAUGUUUUAUAAGGCAGGAAAACAAAUAUGUGACUUAACAGAAUACUGCAAAAAUAAGUAAUAAAAGUUUAAUAAAUGAUAAAGAAUAAAUAUUAUAAUAGCCUCCAAUUACACUCCAGGGCUGGACUACAUACGUAGAACUACAUCCACGUGAGACUUAAAUAUCUGACGUUAGUGUAGUUAUCCUUUUUCCUCUUGUGGCUGUAAAGAGCUUCUUUAACUGAAGCUGAAAGCUGAAGUUUUGUCAUGACUGGUGAUGUUUUGAAUAUAUUUGGACUUGAAAACAUUUUUUCCACCCUAUGCCAAUGAUAAUCAACACUCUUUGUGUCCUUUGGGCUCCUCAGAGCACAGUCCCAAGUGUCCUUGAAUUCCCAGAAGAGAGGUGGAUUGACAAAUCUGUAACCAGAACGAAACCGUGAUUCAAAGGUCCGCACUAUCAUAUUCAUUUCACUGUGAUAUGGAUCUGUUCAUGCCUGGUUAAAGUGUGCUGGUUUGGUCUUUCCAAAAUUGUUCCAGUACAAGUGAACACCCAAUUAAUGGGAGUUUAUUUUUUGCUCAUAAGCUAAUCACAAAGUAGAAGUCUUCUUUUCACUUCCCUCCUAUUUAAAGAAAAACUGAGCCCAUCUGUGGUUGUAGAGAAAUGUUACACAGCUGAAGAUCAUGUAGCGUUCUUAUUUCUUUGAUGACCCAAGUAACCAAGUCACAGCCUGAUCCACAUUUUCAGAGUGUUUGAGUAGGAAAAUAUGAGCAUCCAUGGCUGGAUUACUGAGACGACACAGCAGGGACACAUGAGACUAAACCAGACGCUUUCAUACAUGUGCCGUAGCCCUGAAAUGUUUUUGACGUUUCCUUGUCUGAUUCGGUCCAUUGGGGUCAAAAAUCUGCACCUCUCUAAAACAAAUACACGAGAACAGAGAAGCUUUGUUUGCUCUGCUUUCUGCACGCAAACUUAAACCGAACAUAUUCCCACAAAUGAGAACACGUCUGAAGCAGAUUACUUCCUGGUGUGCAGGGAGGACAUAGUCCAGGGUUCAUGUGUAAACUUGAUGGCUGAGUUUCUCACACAUGGAUUAAUCAAAGUCCUCGAUCAUGAAACUUUGUUCUUCAGAGAUCAUCACAGUGAGUUAUUCUUAUAAUCUGGGAAACUUGCUGACUUUCAGAUGAAAGCAUAAAAUAUUCUGGAGUGUUGUUUUUCUUUCAUCGUUGUUGUUGUUUGUUGAUUUUCUUUCUUCUUUUUUUUUCAUAAAAGUAUUUUUUCAUUGUUUUUCAAAGUACCAGAAAACUUGCAGCUGAAUAUUUUUGGCUUUUUGAGGCUCUGUUAGUCUUAUUGGAGUCGUAGAUAUGAUGUGCAUCAAAUUACUAAUUAGGAAGAUGAUUAAUAAUUAGAUGCAGUCUUAAUUUUGUCUGUGAAUGUCAGAAAGUGGUACAGAAGGCAGUCUAAGACCCAGAUAUUAUUAUAACAAAGGGGGAAAAAAAGAAGUAAACGAGAAAUGGCUUUACACACCUCCUCAGUUACUUUGAGUUAUCGUCACUCAGCCUCACAACAACCCAAAGUCUUUCUAAAUCAUAUAGGAGGGAAUCAAAAAUAAAGGAUGACAGUGCAAUAAACUUCUACUUUGCUCAUUAACUGUAUUUUGAGGGGUUUGUUUUGUUAUGUAGACGGCGAGGAGCGCAGAGGGAUGGACCUUCCCCAGUCUGAAUGAGAUUAAGACUGAACAAUAACUGAGCCUGAAGAAGAUUUUCACACACAUGCAGCUUGACCGUUAAGAAUGUGUAUUUGUGUGUCGUUUUGUUUGUGUCCCGUGUGCAUAUUUAUAUUGUGCCUUUAACCAUCAUCUGUCUGCUUAAUCUCAAAGGGAAAUAUCUUUUUAUGUUUCAUACACGUAUCUCUGCAUUGUUAUUAUCCAAAGUGUUAUUUUACUUUAUUUUUAUCUCAAUACUUUUUAAGUACUGUCGAGAUUUUCUUUUGUUACUGAGUUUGACUUUUUUGACUUGAUUGUUCUGUCUGCACUGCAACUGAA